CGUUGAUGGUUCUACUCGUACGUCUUAGAGGGUGUAAUACAUGCUUCGAGGGAGGACAAUGGAGGCAAUUGGCGAAUUGAGUUGACGAAUUGGUCGAGAAUGAAUGAAGCAGCUGAUGGCGGCUCUUUUGCCUGAUGGCUGUAAUUACAGGUCGAUGGAUGGAGCUCGUAUAAUAAAACUGACCUCCAUGCUGCUAUUAGCACCAGCUUUAAUUUUUCUGGGACAAGGUUCAGCUUCUUUCUCGACGUCACUCAAUCGCUGGAAGCUCGCCGGAGCCGCUGUUUAUCCGGCGCAGCUACGGGCAACACUUUCUGCGACCAGCUGCUGCUUCCCUAGAACUUGAUACUAUUAUAUUAUAUACACCAUCAGCACCAAAAUAUUCUCGAUAUUCUUUCGCGUCUCUUGUUGCAAUUCAGUGGCAUCGCUUCUUCUUUGAUUUUUUUCUGUAUCAAA